UGUACAGACGUGUAGUUUUUGUAAACGGUACUUUUAUGGUGAAUAUUUGUAUACCGCAAAAAAAUAAAAAAAAUAAUAUUUCAAGUGGAUAUGAAAAGCAAUGUGUAGAUUACUGUAAUUUUAAAGAAAAAAUUACAUAAAUUUAUAAAAAUACAAAAAGUUUACCAAAACCGAAGUUGUAAAAAAAUAUAAAAUAUUUUGAAUGUUUUAAAGUUUUCACAAAUACCUUUAUAUCACAGUUAAAUUUACUGGCUAUAAAUAUUAUACUAUAAGAAAAAUUACUCAUUUAACCAAGACUAUUUGCUACAGCCUUGCAAAUUGCAACUUUGCCCCGAAAAAAGAUCCACCACUUAAAUGACUAGAAAUGCAGAUGUCGAAAAUUCCACGAAUAUAUUUAAAUAUUUCAAGACUGAUAAUUACCUGGAUGUUCCUUUUUCAACCAUUGAUGGGCCAGCAUUUUGAAAUGGAUGAUAUUUUAGUGUUGAAAGGCGAUGAAUUGAACUCUUCCUGUCCCCUGGGAUAUUUCCAAUGUAAUGCCACAUUUCAAUGUGUCUCUCAGCGUUUGAAUUGCGAUGGCUGUGUUGAUUGCGACGAUGGAUCUGAUGAGUGGAACUGUGUCAAUGACAUUGAUGACAUCUAUUGGAAUCAUUUAUUUCGCAAGCAGCCCUAUGGCCUAAAUGAUGGUGUGGAGUUUGGAAGGUGUGGUUUAGAUUGGAAUUUAAUAAAUGCAAGCUGUUUAUGUCGAGGCUAUGACAUCCUUUGCCGUUUCCAAGAAUUGACUGAGAUUCCAUUACAACUACCAAAAGAUGGCAUAGAAAUGCUCGACUUAACUGGUAAUAACUUUCCAAAUAUCAGUAGCAGCUUUAUGGAAAAUCUACCAAUGACUGAAAUUUUAGUAUUAAAGUUUUGUGGCAUUGCCACAUUGGCCUCUGAAGCAUUCCAAAGACUCUCCAUCAUUCCUGUCAGAACAUUAUACUUGGAUGAAAAUCGAAUUGAACGGUUGUCGGGAAAUCUUUUUGCUGAGGGAAAUCAUUUAAAUACUCUCAUCCUCUCAGGUAAUCGCAUACAAAACUUGGGUGAUAAUGAUUUUCAAAACCUGGGUGAGUUAAUAGAGUUAGAUCUCCGCAACAAUCAAAUAACAACAAUAACGUCCACAGUUUUUGAACCUCUGGUCAAUUUAAAAGUUCUGCAUCUCAAUAACAAUUACCUAAACUUUUUAAGUCCGUUGAUGUUUCCAAGACUGAUAAAUCUUCAGACUCUUUUCCUUGUCGAUAAUCGCAUAACGCACAUUGAAAAGGAUACAUUUCGAUUUCCCAAUCUUAGAUAUUUGUUCCUAACCGGAAAUCAACUGACUGAAAUAAAGGCACAGAUCUUUUGUCCCCUGCAUUUGCUACAAGGAUUGCAUUUAAAUGACAAUAGGCUAAGAAAAUUCGACCUUCAUGCAUUCGAUUGCUUGGAAAAUUUGACAUCACUCUUUCUUAAUGACAAUGAUUUCCGUAAAAUGGAUAAUCGGACUUUGAAGCAUUUAACUAAUUUGGAAUACAUAUACUUUUCAUGGUUUCAUCUCUGCCAUGCGGCGCGACAUGUACGCGUGUGUGAGCCCCAUGGUGAUGGUAUUAGUAGCUUCUAUAAUUUAUUAGAUAAUUCAAUUUUAAGAGGAAGUGUCUGGGCCAUGGCUAUCAUUGGCAUUGUGGGCAACAUCUUGGUCCUGAUGGGCCGUUAUUUUGUCAAGAAGACAAGAAGCAAUGUUGAACAUUCCCUCUAUUUGCGGCACUUGGCUGGCAGUGAUCUUCUCAUGGGCAUUUACUUGGCCAUAAUUGCUUGCGCCGACAUCAGUUUUCGUGGUAACUAUUUGGUUCACGAGGAGUCCUGGCGUCACGGUAGAUUAUGCGCUUUUGCAGGCUUUCUGAAUACAUUUAGCUGCCAGUCAUCCACUCUCAUGUUGACGCUGGUAACAUGGGAUCGUUUGAUGUCGGUUAUAAGGCCUUUGCAGGCAAAGGAUAAUCGACGAAAAAGAAUUAUUUUACGUCUUCUGGCGCUGUGGAGUGUUUCCUUUAUUUUGGCAGCAGCUCCCUUAUUUCCUUUGAAAUAUUUUGGAACGCAUUUUUAUGGAACCAAUGGUGUUUCUCUAUCACUGCUUAUACAUGAUCCUUUCGCUAAGGGUUGGGAGUAUUCUGCUGUCCUAUUUAUAUGCGUUAACACCUUCUCAUUGUGUUUCAUUUUGAUUUCCUAUUUGAGAAUGCUUCAAGCCAUACGGGUUUCGGGUGGUGGAAUGCGUAGCACUUUAAGUGGUCGAGAAAGUAUGGUGGCAACAAGAUUUGCCAUAAUAAUAACCACCGACUGUGCCUGUUGGGUACCGGUAAUUGUGGUGAAAAUAUUGGCAUUGUCAGGAGUCUCCAUAUCACCCUCUCUGUACGCCUGGUUGGCCGUUUUAGUCUUGCCCGUUAACUCAGCUUUAAAUCCGAUUCUCUACACUUUAACGACUGCGGUUUUCAAACAACAACUAUGUCGGUUUUGCCACGCCCUACCGAAUUGUGCCAUUUUCAUGGAUCGAACACAUUCCCAAUUGACCUUUGAAUCGGCCAGCACCAGUUUGGGUCAAUAUGCCAGCGCUAAAUCGAAUUCAAGUCGUAAACGUUGUUCCAAUCGGCGUAUAAGUUAUGUUUGAGACAAAAUUUCGAAUUGAUUUUUUUUUUUAAUUUAAAAUUUAAUUUAUUUUAUUGAACAUUGUGAUAUUUGAAUGAAUUAUUUUUUUCUAAUGAUGGGACCAUGGUAGAAUUCAGAAGGUAGCGUAGGGAGAAUAUUCACGUGCUGGAUUUUGUGAAAAUAUGAAAUGAAAAAUAUUAUUUUUUAUAAAAUUUUCAUUUAAAAUAAGAGUUUUAAUUUCACAUUUUCAUAGAACACGAACAGCUUAGCACUUUUUGUAAUUUACCUUGUAAAAUUUUAUUGAAUAGAAAACAGAUUCUCUUAUCGGAUUUGUGUAUAUGCCAUGUAUUUAUGAAAACACGUACUGAAAAUACGAUGUAAUCACAAAAGGUUAUCUUCUUAAUUCUGCCAUAGAUUGGACUUAGAACAUUUUUUCCAUUUUCCAAAAAAAGACUACAAUUGGUUAUGUAGAAAUAAAAGAAAGUUAUUAUUAAUUAAAAUUACUGAAUAAAGUUAAAAACUGAGGCAUAGUUGUUAUUUAAUCCAGAAAAGGAC